AUGUCGCGAUUUGCUUUAAGUCGUUAUAGCCGUUGUUUCUCGCGCCUUAAAACUCUGCACUAUCUCAAUCAGCCAUUCGCGCCUUCGCUUUUCUCUUCCUCUGCUGCUUCGGAUCGAGAUGGCGCUUGUCAGACCGGGCCGCCACCGAUCCGGGUCGGACUCACCGAGUCAGCGGGUCGGGCUGUUUUCGCGACUCGUGGAAUUGGUGCUGGAGAUCUUAUACACACGGCGAAGCCCGUCGUAGUUUGUCCUUCUCUCAAUUCGAUGGACUCUGUUUGCUAUCUUUGCCUCAAGAAACUCAUGGGUUCUCCUAAAUUUCAAGAUCGUGGAGUCUCGUAUUGUAGCCGAGAGUGCCAAGAGAACGCAAAGGGUUUUAAUGAUGUCGAAACAAGAGCAGAUUCGUCAAGUUUUGCUGAUUAUUGUAGGACGCACAACUUCAAGUACCCGCUUAUGGUCAAGAGGUUGUGUUGUAUGAUAAUAUCAGGUGCUCUGCCAGCUGAUUCUCUUGACAUACUUCAACCUGCUGCUUUAUCUUCUGAGAUGAUUUCAAAGAUAGAAGAUGGUUAUGGUUUGCUAUGGAAUGCCUUCAGGAAGGCAAAUUUCAAGGAUGACGAUGUUGCUUUUUUAACCAAACAAUGGUAUACGGCCAUGCUCGCCCGGAUUCGUAUCAAUGCCUUUCGUAUUGAUUUGGUUGGAGGCUCUUGCGGCGAGGACCUUCUUUCACUAGCUGCAGCCGCUGUUGAAGGUGAAGGUGCAGUUGGCCAUGCCGUUUACAUGCUGCCAUCUUUCUACAAUCAUGACUGCGAUCCCAAUGCGCACAUAUUAUGGUUGCAGAAUGCAGAUGCAAGGUUGAUGACUCUUCGUGAUGUCGAAGAAGGUGAAGAGCUACGGAUAUGUUAUAUAGAUGCAAGCAUGGGAUAUGAGGCUCGGCAGACACUACUCUCUCAAGGAUUUGGCUUUUGCUGCAACUGUUUACGCUGCCAGUCUGGUGACUAA